GAGAUGAAAGAAUUGCUUGUAGGCAAAGCUCCAGCAUUUUGCCAACGAAAAUCUUACUUUCUGUUCAAUUAGUGAAGAAAAAAUGGCAGAAGCAAUUCUCUUCUGUGCCUUGGAAAGGAUUGGUGACUUGCUCAUUCAACAGGCAGAUUUCUUGGGGAAGGUCGGCGAUGAAGUUCAACUGUUGCAAACUGAACUGAGGAGGAUGCAGUGCUUCCUAAAAGAUGCGAGUGCACGACAAGAAGAAGACCAGAAAAUCCGGAGCUGGGUUGCGGAAAUCAGAGAUGUUGCAUAUGAUGCAGAGGAUGUAGUAGAAUCUUAUAUCCUCAAGGUUGUGUCUAGGAGGGGAAGAUCCAUCCAUACGAUCGGUAACAUGCUUGCUACUUGGGAGGUUGGAUCAGAGAUUGAAGAUAUCAAAGCCAAGAUCUCCAACCUCACCAGGAGUUUAGAAACUUAUGGGAUAAGGCCUAUAAGAGAAGGUGAUGAUUCGAGAUUUGCUUAUGAAGGUCGACAACAGCUGAGGCGAACUUAUUCUCACCUUGUUGAGGAUGAUGUGGUUGGAUUAGAAGACAAGACAAAAGAAUUGGUGACACUUUUGGUGAAAGAAGAGAGGUAUCAAGUUAUUUCUAUUUGUGGUAUGGGUGGUUUGGGGAAAACCACUCUUGCUAGGAAGGUCUACCAUCAAAGUGAAGUUAGGCGCCAUUUUGAUUCUUUUGCUUGGGCCUAUAUAUCUCAACAAUGCCAAGCAAGGGAUGUCUUCCAAGGGGUUUUAAUCAAUCUGACUUCCCCUACUAAAGAGGAGAAAGAGCGAAUUUUACAGCUGAGAGAGGAAGAACUGGUCAAGAAGUUAUAUCAAAUCCAAUGGGAGAAGAAAUGCUUGGUGAUACUUGAUGACCUUUGGACCAUGCAAGCUUGGAACAGUCUAAGACCCGCCUUCCCAAUUGGAAAAUCGAGAAGCAAAAUAUUGCUUACCACUCGCAACAAGGACGUGGCUACCUAUGUAGAUCCAAAAGCCCUUAUCCAUGAAGUUCAGUGUCUAACUGAAGAAAUGAGUUGGGAGCUGCUACAGAAGAAAGCAAUGUUACCAGGAGGACAUGGUAUAGACUUCACUUGGGAGAGGUUAGGGAUGAAAAUGGUCAGACACUGUGGGGGUUUGCCAGUGGCCAUAAUUGUGCUCGGAGGACUUUUGGCUACAAAACACACACUGAAAGACUGGGAGAUGGUAUACCGGAAUAUUAAUUCUUAUUUAAGAAGGGUAAAGGCCAUGAACAAGAAUUUGGAGGAGUAUCAGAGGUGCUAGCUUCAAGCUAUUAUGAUCUUCCAUACCAACUGAAACCGUGUUUCCUUUAUUUGGGUCAUUUUCCAGAGGAUUUUGAGAUACCCACCAAAAAAUUGAUGCGAAUGUGGGUGGCAGAAGGGAUAGUGUCAUCUGUGCAGGGGGAAACAGCAGAAGAUGUUGCAGAACGUUUUGUCGCCUCCAUGACCUUAUGCGAGACUUAUGCUUGUCAAAAGCAAAAGAGGAAAAUUUUCUGCAAGCUACUCAUCUUAGGCACAAAAAUGACCCAGUUGCAGCAUCUUCUUCCAUGGUGCCCAUAGUAACACCAAUGGCUAAAAUUCGCGGACUCGCCAUCUAUUUGGAUGAAGGUGUCAAUAGAUGUAUCUCCUCAGAAUAUGAAAAAUCUUCUCAUCUCCGCUCUCUUUUAUUUUUCUAUGCAAAAGAAGUUGGGAUGAUCAAUUGGGAGCAACUAAAGCCAGUGUUCAAUAACUUCAAGCUACUUAGAGUCCUGGAUCUAGAAGGGUUUAAGACAACAGAACAUUUACCCAAAGCAAUAGGGAAACUUGUUCACUUGAGAUACUUAAAUCUAAGGAAUACUAAAGUGAGAGUGUUGCCAUCAUCUAUAGGCAAUUUGGUGUGCCUGCAUAACCUAGAUUUAUCAUUUGACUUACUUGAUGGUCUGCAAAGAGGGGAAAUUCCAAAUGUGAUAUGGAAGAUGGAACAGUUAAGCCAUCUGUAUCUUCCUAAAAGCUUUACUAUAAAUGGUGCAGACAAGUUGUGAUUGGAUAGUUUGAACAACCUAAAGACUCUGAGAAACGUUGAUGCAAGAAAAUGUUGUAUAAAAGAUCUGGUCAAAUUGACGAAUCUCUCUAAAUUAGG